GCGAGGAGGAGCGGCGGCAGCGCGGUGCUCCUGGCGGGCGGGCGGAGAAAUCAUUGUAGGUUUGGUGUCUUGGAAGCAUGGAAACAAUCUCUAUGAUGGGGAGUCCCAAGAACCUCAAUGAAACUUUUCUACCAAAUGCUGCCAAUGGCAUCAAGGAUGCCAGUAAGGUCACGAUAGGUAUCAUUGGAAGUGGAGACUUUGCCAAGUCCUUGACAAUCAGACUCAUCAGAUGUGGGUACCACGUGGUCGUAGGGAGCAGAAACCCUAAACAUGCUGCUGACUUCUUUCCCCAUGUGGUUGAUGUCACUCACCAUGAAGAUGCAGUGGCUAAAACAAACAUCAUUUUUGUAGCCAUACACAGAGAACACUACACCUCUUUGUGGGAUCUCAAACAUUUACUUGUUGGUAAAAUUCUGAUUGAUGUCAGCAAUAAUACAAGAGUAGACCAAUAUCCAGACUCCAAUGCAGAGUAUUUGGCAUCACUUUUUCCUGAUUCCCUAAUUGUCAAAGGAUUCAAUGUCAUUUCAGCGUGGUCACUACAGUUAGGACCAAAAGAUGCCAGCAGACAGGUCUAUAUAUGCAGUAACCAUGUUCAGGCUCGCCAUCAAGUUAUUGAGCUUGCCCGUCAGCUGGGUUUCAUUCCUCUUGAUUUGGGGGCACUGUCAUCUUCAAGGGAGAUUGAAAACCUGCCUCUGCGCCUGUUCACCCUGUGGAAGGGGCCUGUACUCAUUGCCAUUAGCCUGGCAACGUUUUUCUUCAUCUAUUCCUUUGUCAGAGAUGUCAUCCAUCCCUACACGAGAAAUCAGCAGAGUGACUUUUACAAGAUUCCCAUUGAGAUUGUCAACAAGACCCUGCCAAUUGUUGCUAUCACGUUGCUUUCUCUAGUGUAUUUAUCAGGACUCAUUGCAGCUGCUUAUCAGCUUUACUAUGGCACGAAGUACCGGCGCUUUCCCCCUUGGCUGGACAGCUGGCUCCAGUGUCGGAAGCAGCUUGGGCUGCUCAGCUUUUUCUUUGCCACAGUGCACGUGGUGUACAGCCUCUGCUUGCCUAUGAGGAGAUCAGAGAGGUACUUGUUCCUCAACAUGGCAUACCAACAGGUUCAUGCAAAUGUUGAAAAUUCUUGGAAUGAGGAAGAAGUGUGGCGAAUUGAAAUGUAUAUCUCCUUUGGAAUAAUGAGUCUUGGAUUACUUUCCUUGCUGGCAGUAACUUCCAUCCCUUCAGUAAACAGUGCCUUAAACUGGAGGGAGUUCAGUUUUAUUCAGUCUACACUUGGAUACAUUGCUCUGCUUAUAAGUACUUUCCAUGUACUGAUUUAUGGAUGGAAGAGAGCUUUUGAAGAAGAGUAUUACAGAUUUUAUACACCACCAAAUUUUGUUCUUGCCCUUGUUCUGCCUUCCAUUGUAAUUGUAGGUAAGAUCAUCUUGCUUCUGCCAUGUGUAAGUAGGAAACUGAGGAGAAUUCGAAGAGGAUGGGAGAAAAGCCAUGUUAUAGAAGAAGUAAGUGGGUCUGUUCCACAUCUCUCCCCAGAAAGGAUAACUGUAAUGUGAUGAUAUUUGUUAACACUGUUGUACAUGUUUGGGCUUUGGGUUUUUUUGUCUAUGUCAAAUAAACUUGCAUUUUAGGAGUUUAGUUAAGUAGGAGUCUUUGUAAAGUCUCUUGCUUGACAUAUAGUACAAGCUCUUAACCAAACUAUGAGAAGUUUAUAACUAGAAGACAGCUAUUUCUGAUAACUACAAAAAUAUUUUUGUUUUAGAUUACAGAGGACAGAUGAUUAUGAAAUAAAAAAAUCAAUGUUCCUUUGCACAGUUAUAUCACAAUAAUAUUUUAUUAGAACCAGGCUUUACAGAUAUUUUUUUGCCUUAGAGUAUAUGUCUCAGAGUGCUGCUUAUUAAUAUGACAUUUUCUGGGCAGUGUUUCUUCUAUUAAAACCACAUUUCUGGGUUAAUGAGUUCAAAAUAUAAAGUAAAUUAUUUAGGAAAUAACUAGGAUUUGAAAGAAAUUAAUUUGUAAUGAUCACAGAGUCACAGAGUAGUUUGAAUUGGAAGGGACCUUAAAGAUCAGUAAGUUGCAAUGCCCCUGUCAUGGGCCUUGACAACUUUCACUAGACCAAGUUACUCAAAGCCCCAUCCAACCUGGCCUUGAACACUUCCAGGGAUGGGGCAUCCACAACUUCUCUGGACACCCUCUGCUAGUGCCUCACCACCCUUGUAAAGAAUUUCCAAAAAUCUAAAUCUAAACCCAAUCUAAACUGACUCUCAUUUAGUUUGUAGCCAUUCCCCCUUGUCCUGCCAUUGCCCUCUCCAGCUCUCUUGUAGGCUCCCUUCAGGAACUGGAAAGCUGCAGUUGGGUCACCCCUAAGCCAUCCCUUCCAGGCUGCACAAAGCCAAUUCUUUCUCCCCCUUUCCUCACAGGAGAGGCUCCCCAGCCCUCUGACCAUCUCAGGGGCCCUGCUCUGGACUCCAGCAGGUCCCUGUCCUUCCUGUGCUGGAUCCCAGGGCUGGGUGCAGAGUUCCAGGUGGGGUCUCUGUCCCCAGAGCAGAGCAGAGGCACAAAACCUCCCUGCCCUGCUGCCCAGGCUGCUCUGGGUGCAGCCCAGGGCACGUUUGGCUCUCUGGGCUGUGAGUGCCCAUGGCUGGGUCAUGUCCAGCCUCUCACCCAGCAGCACCCCCAGGUCCCUCUGGCCAGGGCUGCUCUCAAUCCCUUCAUCCCCAGCCUGGAUGGGCACUGGGGGUUACCCCAGCCCAGGGGCAGCACCUUGCACUUGGUCAAGUGUAUUGCACAUGUACAGUAUAUUUAUUUGUGUGUGCUUUUACACCAUUACAUGAUUGGAAUAUGCAAACCCAGUCUCAAUUAUGGUGUGACAUCUUGUAAGCAAAGGGUAUUGUACUAAACUUGUUUUUUCAAAGUAUUAAGUAGGAUUUUAGACCUUUGGCAUCUCUUUAUUUCCAUACAUUAAAUAAUGAAGAUUCAAAACAUUGCUAUACAUUUAUAGGAAGAUACGUGUGUAAACUAGUUUUUGAUUUUUUAAUGACUUUGAAAUAUGUGGAGAUAUUUUAAAACAAAAAGAAAAGCUGAGAAUUCAGCAACAAUAAAAAUCCAUUUUCACUGUGAAACUUCCAAUAUAUUGGAAGCAUCACAAUACUCAUGUUCUGUAUGUGUCUACUCUAGAGUUUUAGUUAUUAUAUAUGAAUUUCCCAGAAUGUGUCUUAAAUUCUUAGUAUCCUUUUGUGCAAAUCCAAUCUUCUAUUUUUAUAUAAAGGUCUAACUUUUACAAGUGUCUCUGGGAUAUGCCUGAAGUUUUGAGAAACCAAAUUAUUAUUAUAUUUAAAAAUCUCUAAACCCUGACAUUUGCAUUUGCUGUUGGAUUCUGAAUAAUGUUCACAAUUGCUUAUUACUUCUGCUGUGUCAGUAGUAAUUACUCUUCUCUAACAAAACAACCAAACUCGGCUCAUACCUUCAGGCUGCUACUGCUUAAUUAGCAGAACUUCUAUUACAGUGAAUCAGAUUGUGUAUUUGGUUCUAAUUUUCUUGUAUUAAAUUAUAUUUUCUCUUAUCUAUAUUUGCACUGUUUAAAAUCUCAAAUUUUUUUAGCUGAACCUUCUCUUAUUAUUUAUUGCUUUGAAAUAAUUUGUCCUAUCAUGUAUCAGAAAUAUAUAGAAUUAAGCUUGAAUUUAUCCUUAAACAUCACUGGUCCUGUAAAUCUUAUUAUCUCUGCUUGUAAUGAAAUUAAGAGCUUCACAAAAAAGAAGAUUCUAGAAUCAAACUCUGCCCCCAGUUAUGCCAACCUAAGCCUAAAGAAUUCCUGUUAGUUGUUCUUAAAUAAAUUUAAAAUCCAAAAUAUCCACAACUAUUUUAUUUUUAUUCUAGUAUCCAGAUUCCCCAGACUUACACAUCAACCCUGUGUAUAUUCUGGGUUUGUUGCAAAAUGAGAGACAGUUGAACUUCCUUUCACUUUAAGCAUGUUCAAAUCUAGAGAUGAAAAAUAAAAUACUUUAAUUAUGUUUUUUCAGAAUUAAAGUAUUUUUAUAUGUCUUUAGACAUGUUUUGUAUUGAAUAAGACGCCAGUGGAUUCUUGAAAAGGGAGGUUUGUGAAUACAUUUUUUAAAAAUUACAACUGUUAUAUGGGUCAACAGAUAUUUGAUACUUUAUUUUAGUUCACAAAUUUUCAAUUUCAAGUAGUUGGAAAGCUCAGAUUUUUCCUCGUUUCUAAGCCUUGGGGAGCAGUCAGUUGUAAGGAAAAUAAUUAAUUUUAUUUCACCAUUUUUGGAAAAAUAAAUUAUAAUAACAGCAUUAAUUGGUCAGGCUAAGGUCUUUGAGAGUUGUCUCCAGUAGCUGACAAGUGGUAGAUGCUUCUAAAAAGAAAGCAAGUGUCCAGUGAUUUUUUUUCCUUGCACAACUUCUCAACCUCUUGGAAGUCAAUUAUUUUGGAUUUAUUCGAGACAGGUGCUGCCUCUAGAUUGCUGUAUUUAAUAGCAACCUUCUCAAAAAAAUUAUCAAGGAUUUCAGAAAUAUGAAACUCUCCUACUUUUUGAACAGAAAAAUAAGGAAGAGAAAAAAGCUUCA